UGCUCGGGACGGGGGCGUGGCUGGGGGCGUGGCUGGGGGCGCGGUCCAGAAGGCGAGCCCAGGCGCCGCGAGCGCUCUCGUGCCGGACGUUGCGCGGCCGCGACGCCCCGGGCUGGCACGGCGGGGCGCCCCGGACUGGUUGCCCCGCCGUGGGAGGCCUCGGCUGCUCCGCGCUCAGGUUCUUUGACUGCACAUAACUCUGUUUCCAGUUCAUCAUGGCUUCAACUUCAAGCAGCUUUACUGUUGGGAGUAGAGCCGGUUCAAAGUCAAAGUCUACAAAGCUGCUGGAGGUCCUGAAUGCACUGGAGGAGGAUGAGUCUGGCCACAGCCGGGAGAUCUUCAUUGCGCCUCCAGACAAUGCCUCAGGGGACUUCACUGAUGAGGACUCCGGUGACGAAGAUGGCCGGCGAGGCUCCCACCUGCCAGGCAGCAUCCUGCAUGCCUUUGUGGUGCCCGAGGAUUCUGGCACCGAGGAGGAGGAGGACCUGUCGCCGGCCACGAAGCGGCAGAAGGUCAUGGUGGAGCCUCAGCGUAUUUGGACGAAAAGAGAUAUCCGACCUGACUUCAGCAGUUGGACGGCAUCAGAUCCUCACAUAGAGGAUCUCAGAAGCCAGGAACUGAGUCCUGUGGGCCUCUUCGAGUUGUUCUUUGAUGAAGGAACAAUUAAUUUCAUUGUUAAUGAAACCAAUCGUUAUGCUUGGCAGAAAAAUGUCAACCUUGGGCUCACAGCCCAGGAAUUAAAAUGUGUUUUGGGCAUUUUGAUUUUAAGUGGGUAUAUAUCCUAUCCCAGGAGAAGGAUGUUUUGGGAAACAUCCCCCGAUUCACAUCAUCAUCUUGUGGCUGAUGCAAUUAGAAGGGACAGAUUUGAACUGAUCUUCUCAUACCUGCAUUUUGCAGAUAACACUGAGCUGGAUGAAAGCGACAGGUUCGCCAAAGUCAGGCCUCUCAUUGUCCGGAUGAAUCGCAAUUUCCAGAAGCACGCGCCCCUGGAAGAGUUCUACAGCUUCGGAGAGUCCAUGUGUGAGUACUUCGGGCACCGGGGAUCCAAGCAGCUGCGUGCUGGGAAGCCCACACGGCUAGGCUACAAGAUCUGGUGUGGGACAACCAGCAGGGGCUACCUGGUGUGGUUUGAGCCCUCUCAGGGCACGCUGUUCACCAAAUCGCACAGGGGCCUGGACCUCGGGGGUAGUAUGGUGGUCAAGUUCGUGGACGCGCUGCAAGAGCGUGGCUGUCUGCCAUACCACAUAUUCUUUAACAAGGUUUUUACAAGUGUCAAACUCAUGUCCAUUUUGAGGAAAAAGGGGGUGAAGGCCACAGGAACUGUUCGUGAGUACAGGACUGAGCGAUGUCCCCUCAAAGAUCCCAAAGAACUGAAGAAAAUGAAGAAGGGCUCGUUUGAUUAUAAAGUUGAUGAGAGUGAGGAGAUUAUCGUGUGCCGCUGGCACGAUAGCAGCAUGGUCAACAUCUGCUCCAAUGCCGUGGGCAUAGAGCCCGUGGGGCUCACCGGCCACCAUAGGGGAGCAGCCAAGACGCGGACCCAGGUUCAUCAGCCCUCCCUGGUGAAGCUGUACCAGGAGAAGGUGGGGGGUGUUAGUCGGAUGGACCAGAACAUUGCCAAGUACAAGGUGAAAAUCCGUGGCAUGAAGUGGUACUCGAGCUUCAUCGGCUACAUCAUCGAUGCCGCUCUCAAUAAUGCCUGGCAGCUGCACAGGAUCUGCAGCCACGACGCCCAGGUGGACCUCCUGGCCUUCCGGAGGUACGUGGCCUGUGUGUACCUGGAGAGCAAUGCUGACAUGUCCUCCCAGGGGCGGCGAAGCAGGCGGCUGGAAACUGAGAGCCGCUUUGACAUGAUUGGGCACUGGAUAGUCCACCAGGACAAGAGGACCCGGUGUGCCCUCUGCCACUCGCAGACCAACACCCGCUGUGAAAAGUGCCAGAAGGGCGUCCACGCCAAGUGCUUCAGGGAGUACCACAUCCGGUGAUGCACAGUGGGCAGAGGGAGCCCUCUGGAAGCUUGGCUCAUGAGAUGCCCACAGCCAGUUACAUACAGUACGUGGAGCACUGGGUUUUGCAUUGGAAAAGAGAAGACCUGAAUCCCUAAUGAUGUGCUUUUGUAUCCCCCCAUCAUGUCCAUUACAGUUAUAUUUUUAUUGUCUUCUGUGGUGCCUACAUGUAACAUAAGUUACUAUUUAUAUUGAUAAUUAUAAGUGUUUCUAAGUCUCUAUACUGUUAUUUAUUUCAAUGAUGGGCCCCUUUUUAUUCAAAUAAAAAUCUUGCUCCAGGUGAUAGCUGAGUCCUAGUAAAGAAAAUCAAAUACAGCCGAAAACUUAGAGAAACUUUCAUGAAGACUGAAAAAGUUUUAUAAUUGUAUGCUAUUGAUUAUAAUCUAAGAUAGGACAAUAAUAUAUAAGCAUGGUAUUAAUAUGAUGAUGGAUAUUUUGUCACAUUAUUUCACUUUAACACUAGCAAACUGUCCAGGGAUAGAUAAUCUGCUUUGUGUUUACCCAGAUGGCUAGAUUUGUAGAGUUUGUGUUUUCUGAUAAAAAUAUUUUCCUAAUUCAAGUAUAGCCUUAUGGAAUCCAUUUUUAUAACUAAUGUGAGAUAGGAAUCUGUUUUCCCCCCACAGUUAUGGUUUGCUCCAUUUAUGAAAAUAUAUGUGUAUUUCCCCAUUGAUUUAAAUUCUACCUGUAUAAAUUCUGAAGUUUGGGAUUAAGUUUUGAAACAUAGAAAAUAUUUUAUGUUGAAAAAUAGUGAAAUAUAUUCCAGAAGAUUUAAAGAAACACAUGUAAAAAUUUGGAACUAUCAGAAAUCAAAGAAA